AUUCUUCUCUCUCUCUCUCUCUUUCAUCUUCAUCGUUUCCGUCCAGACUCCCAAACCCUAAAUUCCCUCCCCCAUCGAUCUCUCCUCAAACUAGCCGUUACCGUUUCCCUCCAUUUCCCGCCAAUCUUCCCAACCGUUCAUUGGGCUCCGCUUUUUGAAAACUAGCCGUUAGAUCCGCCGCUCCGGUUGUCUGUGAGUUGAGUUUGACCCGCCGGAGUUUGACCUGCAAUGUCUGCGGUCGAGGCGGAGAAGAAGGUCGAGGAAGCUGAGAAAUCGGGAGAGAUUUUGUUCUGCGGCGGUACUUCUUGGGAUAUCGUUGGUCGCCGCAAAGGCGCCGUCGAGGGUAAUUUGGUCUCUCCGACUCGCCUCCGGCCUCUCGUCGGCAUUAAUAUCCGGUACAUCGCCUCCGGCUGCGCUUCGUGUCAUUGUGUGGCAUUGGAUGUGGAAGGGCGGUGCUAUACCUGGGGACGAAAUGAGAAGGGGCAGCUGGGCCAUGGAGAUACGCUUCAGCGAGAUAGGCCGACUGUAGUGUCUGAACUUUCAAAGUACAAAAUUGUUGGAGCUGGAUCAGGGAGGAGUCAUACAGUUGUGGUUACGGAGGAUGGCCAUUCUCUGGCCUUUGGCUGGAAUAAGCACGGACAGCUGGGUUCUGGUUCAGUGAAAAAUGAAAUUGAGGCAUCCCCUGUUCGCUGUCAAGUUUCUGAUGUUAAAAAGGCUACCUGUGGCGGUGACUUCACUGUUUGGUUAUCUUCAGUUGAAGGAGCCUCUAUCCUAACUGCAGGUCUUCCACAGUAUGGGCAACUGGGCCAUGGAACAGAUAAUGAGUAUAACACUAAAGACAGCUCAGUGAGGCUUGCUUAUGAAGCUCAACCACGCCCUAAAGCAAUAGCUUCUCUAGCUGGGGAAACCAUUGUGAAAGUCGCCUGUGGAACAAACCAUACAGUGGCAGUGGAUGCUAACGGCUAUGUAUAUACGUGGGGCUUCGGUGGUUAUGGAAGGCUUGGACAUAGAGAGCAGAAGGAUGAGUUUACUCCUCGUCGUGUUGAUGUUUUCCAGAGGCAAAAUAUUCUGCCUCCUAAUGCAGUGAUAUCAGCUGGCUCAAUGAACUCGGCAUGUACUGCAGGUGGAGGGCAGUUGUAUAUGUGGGGUAAAAUUAAAAGCACAGGUGAUGACUGGAUGUAUCCUAAACCACUCAUGGAUUUAAGUGGUUGGAAUUUGCGUUGCAUGGAUUCAGGUGGCAUGCACCAUUUCGUUGGUGCUGAUUCUUCCUGCAUAAGUUGGGGCCACGCUCAGUAUGGAGAGCUGGGAUAUGGCCCCAAUGGACAGAAGUCUUCUGCAGUACCCAAAAAAGUAGACAUUCUUGAGGGUAUGCAUGUUAUUAGUGUUGCAUGUGGCCAGAACCAUUCCAUGGUCAUUGUUGACAGGACAACUAUUGGGGACCAACUUGAUCAGCUUGAUGUUUAUGAUGGCAAAGCUUCUGCUGAAGGGAGUGAGGAACCACAGAAUGAGGCUCCAGUUACUAAGCCAGCUCCUAAAAAGAGUGUUGCUAAGGCGUCUAGUAAUUCCAAGAGGAAGAAGGCGAAAGAGUCUUCCGAGUCAGAAGAUGAAGAUGAGGAUGAAGACGAAGACGAAGAUGAAGAUGGCAAUGACAGUGAGGAGAGUGAUGAUGAACAGGUCAACGGCAAGAAUUCUAGGCAACGUGGGAAGGCUUCUGGUAGAGGGCGAGGUAAUGGGGCAAAACGUGGACGUGGCCGCCCUCCUUCAGCAAGUAAAAGCCCAAAGCCUGCAGCUGGGAAGACCGGUAAGAGGGGAAGGCCUCGCAAGUCAUAAACUGCAAUUUUUCCAGUCCCCAAAUCGGAAAAAUUUUGUUCUCUCAAUGUAGAGAAGUGUACUCUAUCACAUUGUGGCUGCUCUAUGUGCGCCCUUUUCAAUUGUUUGCGUCUCAUGUACUUUUCAAUUGACGAUUAAAAACACUGGACUACACUCCAUUUUUUAAAAUCCGGCUGAAGAGAAAGAAUGCGAGUGUUAGCUUGUACCGAAUUUUCAGUAAAUUUAUUCUCAUUUUUAAUGUUCCAAUGAAA